AUGGAGGCUCGAGCGAGCGGUCUCCGCGGGCGUCUCGCGAUCCUCGCCCGCCGCGCGAUUCACCCGGCGAUGCCCCGUUCUCACGCCGACGCGCCCGCCGCGUCGCUCGUGCACGUCGACGUCACGGGAUCCCACGGAGCGUCGACGCGUCACCGGGCGGAGGUGUGGGCGACGGAGCGCGCGUCAUCGCGAGGGUUCGUCGCUACGACCGUCUCGAUGUCGAAGGGCGACGCCGACGCGCCGCGUCAGUUCGAUCCGGACGACAUCCUCGCGCCUCUGCGCGAGAAGGUGGAGCGGGACAUGGCGGGCCUCACCGAGCAAACUCCGCAGCAGGCUGCGCUUGAGCGGGAGCGGGCGCGGAGGGAGGAGAUGGCAGAGGCGUUCGAGGACGAGGAUGGGAAAAACAGGGUGACGGGGGAGUGGAACGGGCCGAGGGGACCUGAACCGACGCGGUUCGGGGAUUGGGAGAGGGCCGGGCGAUGCUCCGACUUCUAG